UGACUCUCUUUUUCAUUGUAGAUAAUUGAAAUCUCUGACUAUCGUGCACAACUUUAUGACUAUCUGAAGAAUCGUAUGACUGCCAUUGCACCGAACCUCACAACGCUGGUUGGCGAGCUGGUUGGUGCUAGACUUAUUUCCCAUGCAGGUUCCUUGAUGAAUCUAGCUAAACAUCCAUCAUCAACGGUACAGAUUCUUGGUGCGGAGAAGGCAUUGUUUAGAGCUUUGAAAACAAAGAAAGACACACCUAAAUAUGGACUCAUCUACCAUGCAUCAAUGGUGGGGCAGUCAAAUCCAAAGAACAAGGGAAAA